CCAGUAUCAUACAUACAUCAUUUAUCUAUCUUCACUAUUUGCUCCUCCCGCCGCUCUACUUUCUCAUGCACAAUGACCUCCAUAUUUGACCUCGCACUGAAGGGGACUCUCAGCGCGAGUGAUCUAGUGGGCAAAGACAAAGAAAUUGACAAAGUGGACGAGAAAACUUUGUACACUCCCCUCGGUGCAGCUGUACACGCGAAUCGCAAAGAUAACAUCAAAUUACUGCUCGCACAUCGUGCUAACCCAGACGGCGCGCCUGGCUCACGUCCGCCUCUCUGGAUCGCGGCAGCAAGAACAAAAGGUCCCAUCGGCGACAUUGUCGAGACGCUUCUUGCUCACGGAGUCAAUGUGAAGAAGGCAGAUCCUGUUGUUAAUGACACUGCGUUGCAUGCCAUUGUACAGAGAUACAGGAAUGAAGAUGACCUGGACGUUAUCGAAGCUCUUGUGAAUGCAGGUGCAGAUCCAAAAGCAACAAACCAAAGAGGAGAAUCGGCAGAGUCGUUGGCAACUAAGCGUAACGACAAGAAACUCCUAGCACUCCUAGCUCCUGAAAAGCACAAGAAAAUUCACAUCAAAGAUGUCCUCAUGAUCGCAUCUCUCAUCAUGUUCGCUAUUGCCUGGGCCAACCGGAAGAACCCUCUCUUGAUGAUGACCGCUGCUGUCGGUGCGACAGCUGCGGCGGUCAGCUCUAAGUUCAUUGGCCCUAUUAAGAAAAGAUUCAAGAUGCUGGGUCGGCGAAGCAAAAAGGUUCCACAUCAUAUUGCCGAGAAACUCGAAAAGGCGGCAUGUGCAGAGGCCUUCAAAAACGAGAUGCGCAAUUAUAUCAAAGACGCUCAUUUGAACCAAUUCUUCAAAGACGAUAAGUUCUUGGACCAUGUCAUCACAAAAGCCGUCGACAUGGAAGCAGACCCAAAGACGACCGUCAAUGUGCGCGACUUGACUCGUCUCGCACUCUAUCAGCCGGUGCUUUACUGCGAUGAUAGUGGUUCUAUGAAUCAAGGUGGCCGGGUCCAGCUCCAGGCCGAUCUUGGCGAGCGAAUCACCAGUCUGACCACGAGGCUUGUCCCGGACGAUACCGGUAUUGAGCUGCGAUUUAUCAAUACCCCCAAUGAGCCGCGCAUGUCAAAACCUCGAAGUAAAUUAGUCAAAAAGAUUCUACAAGAAGAUAUUCAGUAUAGUGGGCCGACCGAAAUUGGAAUAAACUGCAAGGCGAAGAUCCUGGAGGAAGUCGUCUACAGACCUAUUAAGGAAGGCAAAUUCAAUCGCCCAGUAUUGGUCUCCAUUCUUACGGAUGGCUGUCCCGGCGGACCAGAUGGAAGUGAUGAGAGACAGGAUACUUUGAAAGAGGUCAUUUUAGAAUGCGGUAGAAUCCUGGAAGCCAACAAAUACAACAAGAAAGUUGUCCGUUUUCAAAUCAGCCAGAUUGGACAUGACGAAUCAUCCAAAGAUUUCAUUACGAGCCUGGCUUUGGAUCCCGCGUUACGCGAUGUGUUAUACUGUACCACUCAGCAUUUAGAUGAUGAGUUUAAGGACCUUCGAGAUAAUGAACAUCGACUAGAGCAAUGGCUCUUGGACUUAUUGAUGGAGCCCAUUACCAAAGCCAACUAA